CCUUUGUGAUGAAGAAGCACCUGAGCACUCACCUGUUGGGGAAACAUGGACUGGGCCAGCCCAAAGAGAGGAAGUUUGAGUGUGAUCUGUGCGACCGGUCGUUCAGUGAGAAGUGGGCUCUGAACAACCACAUGAAGCUGCAUACGGGGGACAAGCCCCAUAAGUGUGCCUGGCCAUCCUGCCACUACGCCUUCCUCACCCUGUCUGCCAUGAAAGACCACUACAGGACACACACAGGAGAGAAGUCCUUCCUGUGCGAUCUCUGUGGUUUUGCGGGUGGCACGCGACACGCCCUCACCAAGCAUCGCCGCCAACACACAGGAGAACGGCCCUUCAAGUGUCAGCUGUGCGGCUUCGCCUCCACCACCCAGUCCCACUUGACCCGCCACAAGCGCGUGCACACGGGGGAGAAGCCCUACCGUUGCCCCUGGUGCGACUACAGAUCCAACUGUGCGGAGAACAUCCGAAAGCACAUCCUGCACACGGGGAAGCACGAGGGAGUGAAGAUGUACAACUGCCCCAAGUGUGACUACGGCACCAACGGCCCCAUGGACUUCAGGAACCAUCUGAAGGAGCAUCACCCCGACAUCGAGAACCCUGACCUGGCCUACCUGCAUGCAGGUAUCGUGUCCAAGUCGUUCGAGUGUCGUCUAAAGGGCCAGGGAGCCACGUUCGUGGAGGUUGACACAGCGUUUGACGGGGCCUUCCCGGUGCGGAGGGUGGGCUCCAUGGAGGGUCUGGAGGGCCAGGAGGGUGUCCAGCAGGUGAUUAUCAUCCAGGGCUACGGCGGUGGGGAGAUGGCCUUCGACCAGGCCCUGGAAGAGUCAGCCGCUGCCACCCUGCGAGACCUGGCCAUGGCGGGCCAGGUGGCCGAGGUGCUCCACAUCACCGAGGACGGCCAGGUCAUCUCCUCGGGGAGGGAGGUGUCUGCAGGCGGGGCACAUCACCUGGCCGGAGGCACCACCCAGUACGUCCUGCUGGAGUCCGGCGGGUCUGCAGCCGGAGGUGGAGGUCACGGGGGAGGGGCGACGCACCACCACAUGGCGUCGGAGUCAUCCACGGCUCUGGAUGCCCUCCUCAGUGCCGUCAGCGAGAUGGGCCAGCAGGAAGAGGACAGCCAAGAGGUCAUGGCCCAGGAAGUUGUGUCAGAGGUCGUGGAGCGGGUGGAGGAAGAGGAGGAGAUGGAGGUGAAGACGGAGGAGGAGGUGUGGGAGCAGCAGCAGGUGCAGGAUGAGCAGGUGGUCCAGGAGGUUCUGCAGUUUGCAGCCAGCCAUCUGAUGAAGGAGGGGCUGACGCAGGUGAUCAUCAACGAUGAAGGGACCCACUACAUCGUGACGGAGCUGGAUGACAACACCCUCCAGGUGGAGGGGACCAUGUACACCCAGCACCAGGGAGGGGAGGACGACCAGCAGAGCGAGGGGGUUUCAGAGGGCCAGGCUGGGGAGAGGAUGGUCUACUACCUGGAUGGAGCGCCACACAAUGUGGUUCUGGAGAAGGUGGAGGUGGACUAGUCGGUGACUGUGGCGAGAAUCUCAACUGGAUUUCCUUGAUUCCUCGAGUCCUCUCCUCACCUCCUUCUCAAACCCCGUUGGAUAAGAAGUUAUAGGGGAGUGACCUCUGACCUUUUCACCCAUUGGGUUGGAGAAGGAGGCGAGGGGAGAGGAUGCAAUAAAUCAAGGAAAUCCAGUUGAGACCUUCCCUGUGUGAAGACCAAAUGUCCAGCUUAAAGCCCCAAAGAGUCUUCCUCUUUGUCUCUUUCAUUGAAAAUGUCAUGUUUUUUGUUUUUUACAUAGCUUUGUCUCCGUUUUGCAACGAUCAACUCAGGAUAACAUUCACAUCUAUAGAGUUCUAGUGAGGUGCAAAGUCUUUGGUGCUAACAUUAUUUAACAUUUGCAUCAUUUUAUGGCCAACGCCAGAAUUACCACUUGUUUUUGGAGUCAUGACUGGAAGACUGGAAAUACAUAGGCUAUUUUCAAUUGCAAAAAUAAUACUUUUAAGAUUACAUAAUGGGAAAUGUUCCCGUUAUCUAGAAAGACUUACAAUCUUUAAGUUGCGUGGUUUGGUUUUGUUGAAAGUUGGAGAAUAAUAGCAGCUUUAUUUUUCAAUUUGAUAUGGUUUUACUAAAAGGACAUUUCCACCCAAAAACGAUAUUUUGGUAUUUGUUUAAUUAGUCCAUUGUUGGUUUUGCAUGUCAGCAAUCCAUUUUCAACGUAUAUCAUUUUCAAAAUACAGAAAUACAGCCGGUAUGAUGCAAAAGGCAGCAUCAUUUAGCAUCAAACCAGCUGUAUUUCUAUGUUUUGAAAGUUAUAUAUCUUGAAAACUUGUUUGCUGACAUGCAAAACCUUUCUGUACUAUAUCAACAAUGGACUAAUGAAACAAAUACCAAAAUAUUGUUUUUGGGUGGAUUUUUCCUUUAAGUAGUGAAUUCGUUUGCAAAACUUUUUUGUUUUUUUAUUUAAAAAGGUACAUUAAUAGGUCUGUUUUGAUAACAGACACCUUGCUAUCAUACCUUGCUGAAUCUAGGACCAAUAGCAUUUUGGACAUCGAAAAUAUCCAGGCUGCUGAUUGGUCUAAAUCCAGGGGCAGUCCACUGAUUGACUUUGUUUUUCAGCAAUUCCUAAAUAUGGUCAGAAUGCUGAUUGGUCUGAAUCCAGAGGCAGUCCACCUGUUUUUCAGGAUGUUCUCAAAAUGUCACAGUGCUGACAUUGUUUCGCAUCAUUAAUAUGUUCUCUCAUAGGGAGUGUCCUUUGACCGACAAAAUAGGACAAAUGAAUUUGUCACAGAAACAUGCUUUGGCAGAAUAGCAUGAAGAGAUGACACAACAUUUAGUGAGUUUCUGAUCAUCAUAAUCCAAUUAAAGUUGAUAAGUAUUUUUCUCCAUUGGUUUUCCUGCUCUCAGUUAUUGUAAAUAUAUGUUUCUGUAGAUGAAAUUGUAAUGAGACUUGCGUUUGACUCAUGACAAUAAA